CACACCCCUCCAUCACACUCCACUUGCGCGUUCAAGAUGCGAGAUUGCCUGAGCAAUAGUUCCUCUCGCUACAGGCCUAAAUUUGAUUCUGCUCGGUUAGUGAGAGAACAUUCUCCAAAAUUCUGCUUCCUAACAAAUUAUAUUUAAUUUUGUAUUUUUCCAUGUGGAUAUAUCAUUCACUCAUUUGAUUAGUAUAAUGAGGGGUCUUGGCUUUGAAGCCUGUUUAUUGUCGUUGACACAGCUAUGCAUCCUCAGUUGCAUAAUGCAAACAGUUCUUACGCAGGAUGCUUCGCCAUCAGCAGCUUUAAGGCAGAGAAUGCCAUGGCAACACAACGGGCAGGUGUUUAGUAUACUUAGCCACGGUUCUGAAUAUCAGCCAUCGGGACGAAGAGACCGAAAAACAGGUUCAGCUCAACGGAAUCACAUAGUUGUCGUUAUCAACAAUAAUGAGACGGCUGAAGAGACGAAUGUGCACAGAUACCCUGCGCCAAGAGGCUCUCCAAGGCGGCCAGCGCCGGGUGUGCAAUUACGCACCGCGCGUCGACGUCCUAGUGGGGCGAUUAGACAUGAAAGACCCCAAGAGAACCGGGAGACUGCUUCAAGACCUUCAACAUCAAAUCCCACCGACGAGAAACCCACAUCUACUAACUCUCCACCACUGACUAAUUUGAGAAGAGAGGAUAUGAUGGUUGGAGAUGACCCGAACAACCCCUAUAAAUCCAUUGGUUAUAAUCCCUAUAACCCCUAUUAUAAUUAUUAUGAUGCUUACUACAGACCCAGAGCCAGAAGCAGAGAGCCGCAUGGUUAUGGCACAAGUUAUCAUCAACACGGAGGUCUCCCUGACUUGGUGCCUGACCCAUACUAUAUUCAAGUUUCCUCCUAUAUCCAGAGGUCGCCCAUGUACAAUCUGAGAUGUGCAGCCGAGGAAGGUUGCCUCGCAAGUUCUGCUCAGGGCGUGGCCGACUACGACACCCGGGUCCUGCUGCGGUUCCCCCAGCGCGUGAAGAACCAGGGCACUGCUGACUUCCUGCCCAGCAAACCUCGCUAUGCCUGGGAAUGGCACAGCUGCCAUCAUCACUUCCAUAGCAUGGACGAGUUCAGUCUGUACGAGCUGCUGGAGACCGGCUCAGAGAGGAGCGUGGCCGAGGGACACAAGGCCAGCUUCUGUUUGGAGGACACGUCAUGUGACCCGGGAUACUACAGACGCUUCGCCUGCACGUCUCACACUCAGGGAUUGAGUCCUGGAUGCUAUGACACCUAUAAUGCCGAUAUUGACUGUCAGUGGAUUGACAUUACUGAUGUGACACCUGGGAAGUAUAUCCUUAAGAUCACUGUAAACCCAGGUCACCAGGUUCCAGAGUCCAACUUUGACAAUAACGUUGUUCGUUGUAGUGUUCAAUACAGCGGCACCUCUGUCCAGGUUUCAGGGUGUACUGUUACAUCGUACUAAGAACAAAGGAAACAGCACCGAAGAAGCUUUACGAUGAUUUGCAAAACAAGACAACAACCAACAUGGACGGACGAUCAAAUAUGAAGACAUUAUUGUUGACAGUAUUUAUUGGUCUGAGUUUCCCGCAAAGCGAAACAUUUCUUUCUUUCUUCCUUUCUUUUCUUUUUUACUUUAUGAAUAUUCCUGGUUUAAACAAUAUCAUAUUACACCAUUCACCCUUCGUUUUUUUUUUAAAGCACAAUGUGCAAAGUUGAUAGAGACAAAGGUCAUGGAUGAGAAAGACACACUGUAGUAAGUGUUUCACUGUGGACGAAGCAUGUGACAUUACAUUUGAUUUUAAAUUUCAUCUUCACAAGCUACAUUUUGUUUGGAAUGCUAAAAGGUUUAAUUGAUUCGUUGUGGUAUACAUUAUACAUAAAAUGGUUGUUUAGGUGCUAAUUUAAGAUUGUUAUUGUAAUGGAAGUUUUAGUAUAAUGGAUAUAUUUAAUCAAAUGUUGCCAUUUUAAACAAUGUUUACAAUAUACGUUAAAUAUUGGUGCUACAUUUACUUGGGCUAUGUAAUAAACAUUGGUGCUACAUUUACUUGGGCUAUGUAAUAAAUAUUGGUGCUACAUUUAUUUGGGCUAUGUAAUAAACAUUGGUGCUACAUUUUGAGACUGGAGGAAAGUUAAAAUAUUUGUUUUAUUGGGACUAUUAGAGAAUUAUUGACUUGUUUGUGUAUAUACACAUUUGCAUUUGAGUCAUUUAGCAGAUGUUCUCAUCAACAGUGACUUACAGUAGUGAGCGCAUUUAGGAUAUUUUCUAUACAGGUAACAAAACACACUUUUUUUAAGCUAGUUCUACUGAAAUGCUAACCAUACUGUACAUAUCGCCGGGCUCAUGUGUUCGUGUUCCAUUCAUAAUACAACACAAAGAUCUGCAAAUGUAUUGUGAAUGCAAUUUAAAUCAAGUUUGGAUUUUUAUUUGAAAUUGUCUCAAUAUUUGGAGAGAGAGAGAAAUAGGCCGUGUAAACACAAUUAAAAUGCUUAAAGUUC